UUUAUCAAUUCUAGUUCGUGUCAGAGGGCGCCAGUAAUCGGAAACGUAAAAACUGGUAAAAAUACCAGAACACCAGCCCCAUAUCGCUUGAGCUGUCAAACGUCCGCAAAAAUUUGACAGCUUUGUUAUAUCCAGUGAUUAAUACAACUCUGAGUUUAAUCGUUGCGAUUCCCGAACGUGCGAGAGUUAAAUGAUGUCUCCUGAACCAACUCAGGAGCCUGUAGAGGAGAAUCUCAAUGCCCCAGAUCUUAACAUUGGAGCAGCAGCCGCCAUCGAGUCUGAUAGUGAAGACGAAGAUCCUGGCUUAAGAGGCUACAUGCCUCUCUCUCAAAUACCUCAUGACAGUGAUCCGAUGCUGGACGACUACGAGGAUGAUGAGUGGUUAUCGACUUCACUGGACACCAAUCACAUUUCUUCAUCUGUGCCGGUCAGAAAUGAACUAGAGGCUUGUGAACCGGAGACCUUAGAAGUCUGGUCAUCUCGAUCCAAUCAGUGUGAUAUAGACUUAGACGAAGACAAAAUUGAUCAAGUCAAGACUGCAAUGGCAUCUUUCAUGCUACCUACCACUGCGAUUCCGGAAUGGGCGAAUAGCGUGUCGGAGGAACAGUGGAAACAGAUAUUGAUUGAUAAAAUCAAAGAAAUGCAAAGUAAGGAUAAUAAUUGAUUCAGGUUUUCCAUGUACUUUAUUGUUAUGUUUGAAUGGUGCUUCGUUAACGAUUUAUCAACAAUUCAGAUUUGUAUAUUUAUAUUAUAUUAUAUGUAAAACAAUGUAUUUAAUAAUAAUCGUACGAAAAUGGUUGAUUUGCAAAUCGAAGAAUGAGUAUAUCAUCGUUUUCUCUUUUUUAUCUGAUUAUAAUAUAACUAUUUCACCUUGUUGGUGAAGACUGAAAAAAAGAAUACACAAUUCAGUCGUGUGCACGUUAUAAUGUAUAGUAUAUAGUAAUAUGUAUUACUAAAUAUUAUCAUACAUAUUGAAUAAUUGAUUUAUUUUAUACACACAUAGUAUUUUCAUUCCUGAAUAAAAAAAUUUUCGUAUCCUUUACACCACUUUAGUCAUAUAAUUUUAUUCAAUUGUUUCCAAAGAAAAACGCGAGGAUCACCUUUCUGGUCCUUUUCCCUUCCUUCUUAUAUACAUCAUAUGCGUGAAUACAAAUGCUAAUAUCAGCUAAUAAAUUGAGCUGAAUCCCUGCUGCAUAACACGUCAUUUAUUCUACACAGUCCAUGA